CUCAUGGUCACUCAUGUCCACUCUGGCCGCAGACGGGGUCCAGGAGGAGAAGGUCAAGGCCGCGGACAUCUCGGACAUCGUCCCCAACACUGACCCUCAGACCAAAGUCAGCGUCCAGGGCAACCCGAUGUCCGUGCUGGUGGACAAGGCCAUCGACGGGGCCAAACUGAAGCACCUGAUCGUGACUCCGGCYGGCUGCGGCGAGCAGAACAUGAUCGGACUGACCCCGACGGUCAUCGCCGUCCACUACCUGGACAGCACCGGACAGUGGGAGAGCUUCGGCCUGGACCGCCGGGCCAAGGCGCUGGACAUCAUCAAAAAAGGUUUCACCCAGCAGCUGGCCUUCCGCAAACCGGACAGUUCUUACGCCGCUUUCCUCAACCGUCCGUCCAGCACCUGGCUGACCGCCUACGUGGUCAAGGUGUUCGCCAUGGCCAGCAGACUGACCCACAUCGAGCACGCCGAGAUCUGCCGUCCGGCCAAGUGGCUGGUGCUCGGCCGGCAGAAACCGGACGGAGUGUUCCAGGAGGACGGACCGGUCAUCCACAAGGAGAUGGUGGUCAGUGGUCAGCGGGGGGGGGAGGGGUGGACGGAGGGUGGACAAAGGGGGUUGUUGGUCGUUUG